UGAGUUUGUCAUGUCAUGUACCCAUCGUCUCAUGCCCUUCUCCACCGUGGAUUGCCGCUCUGGCCCGAACAGCAUGUUGACCCAUGCCGAACUCGGUCCCCAACGUACCCCUUUUGUGGUGUCGUUGGCAUGGUGACAUUCCCCACGUUCGCUUUACUACUACUGCUGCCACGAUCUGUGGCUGAAAUUGCAGAACCACAGGCUGUGGCUUCCGCCAGCCUCCUCGAGCUGGAUCGUCGAAAGAUCGCUCAUGUGCGAAGAGAAACCCAGGUAGUGCAAGAAGCCCAGCAAUCCCAGAGUGAGCACAGUACCCAUGACAUGAUGCCCCGAGGCAUUUUAGCUGACAGCCCCAUGGUGCUGGAGUUGCGAGGUGAGCCGAAGACAGGAUCCUACGUGGCCGUGGAGCAGAGUUGGCGUGCUGUUUACUCCUUAGUCGUCAUGAUCUUGAUCGCAAUCAGCCCCAUUGGAUUGAAAGAGGGCCUUCGGCCCUUCUGCACUGUGGUGAUCUACUUGGCCUGCUUAUCCUUGGUGAAGAUGUGGGUCAAGGAGACCAUGAAUGCUGGCUUCCAGUACCCCGACUCCAUCACUGCGGUGCACAUGUUUUGCACCUCCUUGGCUGCGUGCUGCUUCGAACGGCCUCGGCUUGAGGAGGCUUUGCUGGUGCUACCCAUCUCAGUGGUGAACGGCGCGUCCCUGCUGACGAACAACACGGCACUCCUCUAUGGAGGCGUUGCCUUUGUGUCGAUGGUGUCCUCUUGCACUCCGAUGUUCACCUUUGGCUUGGAGCUCUUUAAGAAGAGGCGGUCCUUGGACUUCUUGACCAGCUUCUCUGUGAUCUUGGUCUGUUCUGGGAGUGCCUUCUGCGUGCGGGGCGAGAAGACCGCCUCGGUUCUAGCCUUGGUCUUCGCCAGCAUGGCAGCCUUACUGCGGGCCAUGAAAGGCGUCUGGCAGCACGACCUUUUGACCAUCAGUGUCUCGCCCAUGAGGUUGGUUUAUUGGAGCGGCUUCUGGUCCUUCUGGAUCACCAUUAGCAUGGUCGCGCUCAACGAAGGUACCGAGGCGGUCCGCCACUUCCCGACGGCCAAGCCUGAAGCGAAGAGUGCCUUCCUUCUAUCCGUGUGCGCUGCGGUGGUUCUGAACAUCACGCAAUGCUUUGCAGUGAAACAGCUGGGUGCCUUGCUCCAAAGCAUCGUUGGCAACUUGAACCUGAUCUUGGUGAUUGCUUUGUCGCAGGCUUGGCUGAGAGAGCAGGUCACCUUCUGGCAGUAUGUGGGUGUCUUCCUCCUGGCCGCCGGGACGUUUGCCAACAAAUAUGGUGGACUUCAGAAGAAGAACACUGAGAAGGAGCAGUUGGUGGAGAAGAAAACGGAUGCUCAGGAACAGGCUGGUGAGCGCACACCUGAGCCCGAGCCCAGUGAGACCAGCGAGACCAGCUACGGCGCCACUGACUCUACCGGUGCUGAAGCCGAAAGGAGCCAAAUCUGGAGUGGUUCAUGCGGCUCUUCAGGCUGAGCCACCUGGCACCUAAGGUGCCUGAGGCCCUGAGGUCUGCGAGUGCCCGGCAGGGUGUAUACUGUGGGUUGAGCUUGUAGGAGGAAUGUAGUCUUGUUGGGC